CCGGCGAGGCUUCAGAGCUUCCGAGGUCGUGAAUCCCAAGCCUACUUGGACAGUCUGGAGCGAAACGUUACGAUCGACCGACCCUACUCGACGACGCACAUCAGGUUCGAAUCCAUAACCGAAAUUGUUAGAGAGCAAGAUUCAACUUCCGAUCAGGAGGCACCAUGAAGAUCAAAGCCCUCAGCCGGGGCAUCUCGGCUCAGCAAGCGCCCGGCUCGGAUGUUCAGCGCGCCCCGCGCAACCUCGCCCCGGAAAUCCAUCCCUUCGAACGAGCUCGAGAAUACCAGAGAGCGCUCAAUGCAGUCAAACUGGAGCGCAUGUUCGCUAAGCCGUUUCUCGGGCAGCUUGGGAGUGGCCAUGUCCAGGGCGUGUACAGCAUGUGCAAGGACAAGAAUUCGCUGAAUUCGGUCGCAUCUGGGUCCGGCGACGGGAUAGUCAAGGUAUGGGACUUGACAAAACGAGACGGUGAAGCCUGGCGAACGGCGGCACACUCAAAUAUCGUUAAAGGCUUGGCCUUCACCAACGACAAGAAGCUGUUGUCGUGUGCCACGGACGGCAUCAAGUUGUGGGACCCCUAUAACACGCCCAACGACACCACACCGCUGGCGACAUGGCAAGAAGGCGGGCCGUAUACUUCGCUAUCCGUUCACCGGACCGGCAGCGCUUUUGCCGCUUCGUCUGGCGCUGGUUGCAUUAGAGUUUGGGAUCUAGAGCAGAGUACAGCCGCACAGACAAUACAGUGGCCUAACUUCACGGACACCAUCACCGAUGUCUGUUUCAAUCAAGUCGAGACAUCUGUCGUUGGUUCUGUGGCUACCGACCGUUCAGUUAUCCUACUCGACCUGCGGACAAACAUGCCCGUUGUCAAGACCGUGCUCCAGUUUGCGGCCAACCGCAUUGUAUUCAACCCCAUGGAAGCUAUGAAUCUGGCGGUCGCUUCAGAAGAUCACAACAUCUAUAUCUUCGACGCUAGGAACUUUGAUAAAGCGCUGAAUAUCCAGAAGGGCCAUGUCGCCGCCGUGAUGGAUGUCGAGUUCUCACCUACCGGUGAAGAGCUCGUGAGCGGUUCUUACGACCGUACCAUCAGAAUCUGGCGUCGUGAUCAGGGUCACUCUCGCGACAUUUACCACACCAAGAGAAUGCAGAGAGUAUUCCGGACGCUCUGGACUAUGGACUCGAAAUACCUGCUCAGCGGGAGUGACGAUGGCAACGUCCGCCUGUGGCGCGCCAACGCGUCGGAGCGCAGUGGCGUGAAACAAACCAAGCAGAGGCAGGCGCUCGAGUACAACAACGCGCUGAUGGAGCGCUACUCGCAUCUUCCCGAGAUCCGGCGCAUCCGCCGGCACCGGCACCUGCCCAAGGUGGUCAAGAAGGCGUCCGAGAUUAAGCGCGAGGAGCUCGCGGCCAUCAAGCGGCGCGAAGAGAACGAGCGGAAACACUCGGACAAGAAGUUCGAGAAAAGGAAGAGCGAGAGGGAAAAGGCUAUCUUGGUCAAGCAGCAGUAGUAAUCUCCGG